AUGGUGAUGUCCCAGGGCACGUACACAUUUCUGGCAUGCUUUGCUGGGUUCUGGCUUGUUUGGGCCUUGAUCGUCAUGGUGUGCUGCUUCUGCAGCUUUGUGCAGCGUAAGCUGAAGUGGCGACGUGAGGAGAGGCUAAGGGAGCAGUGUCUGAGGACCCUGGAGAUGGAGCCGCUGGAGUGUACAGGACCUGGAUAUUAUCCAAGAGAGCCGCACCAGUUCUGCCCACCCCCUUCGGUGCUGUCUUCACAGGUGCCGGUACCUCACACUAUCCCUCAAGGUGACUGGACCCCACCACAAGCUCUCUCGGUGGACAAUGAUGCCUGUGGGAAACCGCCUUGCUAUGAGGAGGCAGUUCUGAUGGAAGAUCCUCCUCCCCCCUACAGUGAGGUUCUUGCUGAUCCCAGAGGAGGAACCUACACUAAACCUGUGCUGCGGCCCUCCAGGCAGCACCAGGAGUCAGAGACCAGAAAGACGGCCCCUGUAACCGUGUUCCCGGAGCGCGGCUACUCGUCACUGAUUCGCCUGCCUUCGGCCAGGCGGUGGGACUCGCUGGACCACCUGCUCUCCAGUGUGGACCUUAAUCACAGUACCUUGACACUGGAGCCGCACUCUUCGGCCAUGGCCACAAUGCCACGCGAUGGUCGCAAUCACAUGGACUUCGGCCUUCGCAGCCUCCGGCCCCUGGAUCACAGCUAUGCACUGCCCACGGCCUUCCCGCUUCUGGGUCGAAGUACAGCAGUGUGAACGUUUCUGUACAGUCCUUCUGCUGUUCAGGGGCCUCUGAUUUAAUUUUUUGAAGGCAGUGAUUGAGUUAUUUUUGUCAAAUAAACCUCAAAGGACUGAAAGGACCAUUCAGUUUUUCUUUUUACUGUUUUCCUCAGAUUUUGAAGAUUGUAUUACAGAUGUAUCUAUUCAUCUUCUUUUCUUACUCAUUCUCUUAACGCUCGCUGUGGCGUCACUGCCUGAUGCAGAGCACUAGCUAUUAUGUGAGCAUUGUUGCCAUGGUUUCAGGCCUCUUAUCCUCACUUUUUGUCUGCCUUGAACUGAUGUAACACGAACAGGAUUUAAAAUUUG